AUGUCUGAAACUACUGGUACAUGUUAUAAAUCAUGUUGUAUUUCAAAACGAUUAGAUGGGAAAUUAGCCAUUGUUACUGGAUCAAACACUGGUAUCGGAUUAGUGACAGCUAGUGAAUUAGCUCGUCGUGGUGCUCGAGUCAUUAUGGCAUGUAGAAAUAUAAGUAAAGCUGAAGAUGCCAAAAAUAGUUUAUUGGAGAAAUAUGGUGCCAAUAAUCCAAAAAGUGUAAACAUUGAUUUAGCAUGUAAACAAGUGAUUUCAUCGUUGAGUCCAAUCUACAGUGAUCAAUUAAUCAUUGAACAACUUGAUUUAGCUUCUCUACAAUCAAUCAGAGAAUUUGCCAGACGUAUAAUAGUCACAUAUCCAGAACUUCAUUUUCUCAUUAACAAUGCUGGUCUUGCAGUGAGUAAAUAUGAGAAAACUGUUGAUGGCUUUGAAAUGACAAUGGGUGUUAAUCAUUUUGGAACAUUUCUACUAACGGAAUUAUUAUUACCUUUGAUGAAACGUUCAACUCCAUCUAGAAUCAUUAAUCUCUCAUCAAUGGCACAUUAUAAAGGUCAUUUAAUUAAACCAGAUUUACAGUUAAAAGAGAAUGAAUAUAGUCAAUUGAAAGCAUAUUGUGAUUCAAAGUUAGCCAAUGCAAUGCAUGCUGCUGAAUUAGGUGAUAGACUUAAGGACAGUGGAAUCACUGUUGUCAGUGUCCAUCCUGGUGCUGUAAAGACUGAUCUAGAUCGAGAUAUAAACAGUGUCGUGAUGAAAUGUUUCGUCAAAUUAGUAAAGCCAUUGUUUCUUGGUCCAUGGAAAGGAGCGCAAACUACAUUGUAUACAGUGUUGUCAGAUAACUUAAUCUCUGGUGGUUACUAUUCAAAUUGUGCAUUGAAAGAACCGUCAACUAUUGUCAAGAAUAAAGAUGAAAGAAAAUGGUUUUGGAGUAAAACAUGUGAACUCUUAAGAAUCGAAAAUACAACAUAG